GUUUGCCAAAAGGGAGAGGGAGAGAGGGAGGGAGAGAGAGAGAGAGCGUAAAACCCCACGAAUGUUGGGACCAGGUUUACUGAAGGGAUUGAAAGAAAGAAACAGACAGGGAAGGAAGCUACUCAUCAGUGGGAUUAACCUGAAAUCCUCGAGACAAGACCUUUUGAUACUCAAGACUUCAGAAGCAUCUCCUCCUUUACUGAACAAGUAUAAGCCAAAGAGAAUCUGAUAUACCUUGGACGAUGGAGCCCUCUCAAUCAGAGAUGAACAUAUUGUCCAAUGGGAAAAGUCACGACCUGGUGGAUGAUGUUGGCGUGCCAAUGAAGACGUUUCUAGACGAGGAUCAAAAUGGCACUCAAACAGUCAGAUUUGAUGACCCCGAUGGAGGACAUGAAAAUGAGGGGUUUUUGCCCAGUGCAGAUGGAAAGAAACCCAUCCGUUUCACAGAUUUUGAAGGAAAGACCUCGUUUGGCAUGUCAGUCUUCAACUUGGGCAACGCUAUCAUGGGCAGUGGGAUCCUGGGGUUGGCGUACGCCAUGGCCAACACUGGUAUACUUCUCUUCUUGUUUCUUCUGACUGCAGUAGCAGCCCUGUCAUGCUACUCCAUUCAUCUACUGCUCAAAGCAUCUGGCAUUGUGGGAAUUCGAGCUUAUGAACAGCUGGGGUACAGAGCGUUUGGCACCCCUGGAAAAAUGGCCGCCGGCAUAGCGAUCACACUGCAGAACAUUGGAGCUAUGUCCAGCUACCUGUACAUCGUCAAGUCCGAGUUACCUCUGGUCAUUCAAGCUUUCACGAAGGCAGACCCCAACUCUGAUCUGUGGUACUUGAAUGGAAACUACCUGGUCGUCAUGGUCUCUGCCAGUAUGAUCCUGCCUCUCGCUUUAAUGAAGCAGCUCGGUUACCUAGGUUACACCAGCGGUUUUUCUCUCAGCUGCAUGGUGUUCUUUCUCACUGCGGUUACCUAUAAGAAGUUCCAGAUCCCCUGCCCCUUCGAGGAGUUCUCCGCCAACAGCACUGCCUCCCACCACAUCUCCAAUACCUCAAGCCACUUCCACGACUACAACAGCGGCUUGGUUCACGAGGACGACGACUCCCACUGCGCCCCGCGCAUGUUCACCAUAAACUCACAGACCGCGUACACCAUCCCCAUCCUGGCCUUUGCUUUUGUGUGCCACCCCGAGGUCCUGCCCAUCUACACCGAGCUACGCAAUCCAACGCAGAAGAGGAUGCAAAAGGUGUCCAACAUCUCCAUCUUAGUCAUGUACACCAUGUACUUUCUGGCGGCUCUGUUUGGCUACCUGACGUUUUAUGACAAGGUGGAGCCCGAACUCCUGCACACUUACAGCCGGAUCGAUCCUUAUGACACGUUGAUCCUGUGCGUAAGAGUGGCCGUCCUCACCGCUGUAACACUGACCGUGCCUAUUGUGCUGUUCCCUGUGCGCAGGGCCAUCCAGCAGAUGCUGUUCCCCACCAAGUCGUUCAGCUGGUUACGUCACAUUGCCAUCGCUCUCAUUCUGCUCACCUUCAUCAACAUGCUGGUGAUAUUUGCUCCCAACAUUCUGGGCAUCUUCGGCGUCAUCGGUGCCACAUCGGCCCCCUGCCUCAUUUUCAUCUUUCCCGCCGUCUUCUAUAUCCGCAUUGUUCCCAAAGAAGAUGAACCCAUGAACUCCGUUCCCAAGAUAGCGGCUGUUAUUUUUACUGCUCUUGGCGUCUCCUUCAUGGUAAUGAGUCUGAGCUUCAUAAUUAUCGACUGGACAACAGGGACGAGCCAUUCUGCCGGAGGCCACUAGAGGUUGCUUCAAUGUGUGUGGUCUUGGGUCGGGGAAGGGGUACAAAGAACAGUGUAAAGGGAGCACUAUCACCUCAGUGGGAACACACUACAGGGCAGCCCAGCAGAGUCUGGGGUAGAUAACAGUACAAAAUACACACGUAUACUGAUCAAAUUAAAUUAACUUUUAGACUGUAACUUUAUACAUAUCUGAACAAUUUAUUUAAAUAAUCAGGAAUGAACAGGGUCUUUCCUUAGUGCAACUAAGUCCACCCAUGAUGGUGAAAUGGUCCUUUCCUGCUGCUUCUUCUUUAUUUACACGCAAACAGCUGCAGCUGGUACUGUACAGGAAAAAGUUGUCUUUUAGGCUGAAGAUGGGAAGGUAUUACCAUAUGAUAUACAUGAGAAAUAGCAAAAUGACUUCCAACUUACUUUUUACAUAUUAUUUCCCAUGAGAAGCAGAAAAGUUUAUGGUCAGAUCAGAUUAUCUCAACCAGCAGUGAUCUGCACCGUCCACUGUCUCUGUUCAUGUGAGACAAAGACCUGCUUUAAGGCUUUAGAGCGCGGGUGAGCGUUUGUUAAUCUGCAAAAUUCCUUCACAAACCCUGGUGCCUUCUAGCAUUUCAAACAGCACAAAGACAGAAAAAAAAAAAAAAAACACGAGUGGAUAUUUAUUUAGCUAGCUGCUAUAUUUGUCUUUAUAAUUUCAAAUGGAGUUUAUUUAACUACUGUGUAUGACGAAGUUAAUAAAUCCAAAACAUUGUUUAGCUCACAGUAUUUUACAUGUUUGAUAGAAUGCAAAUAUUUGAUACCUUUUACCUUUAUUUUAAAAAAAAGUUUAUCACAAAUAUGCCAAAGUGUGACUUUGAAACCAAGUGCAGUUCAAGUUUACCCUAACAGUUUAUACAAGUUUAAAGAUUACAGGUGUAACAAAUAACAUCCCUUCACGAGGCUUACACUGAAGCGGAUGAGGCUUUCGCUGAGUGGAAAUUCAAACCUAAGAUGCCACAGAUUCCAAAACUGCUCUGGAAUCGAAUGGAAUAGUUCCACAUUCUAUGGAAAAGUAUAGUAUUGCCGCUCUCAUGUCUCCAUUUAAAGCAACAGCCGUGAGACUGGCGCUAGCAUAGAGCUCAGGAAAAGACUGCAGUCAAGGGGAAACAGCUCGCUCAGUCCAAAGAUUAAAAAGAAAAAACUCCUGUUGCACAUGCAUAAAUAAUAAUAUCUAUAUACAGUUUUCAGUCUGUUAUGCUAAGCUAAAAGGAGGCUCUUAAUAAUCAUAAAUGAGAGCAAACAAAUCACCAAAAUGUCCAACACAAGUUUAAAGGACGGGUUCAUCCAAAGGAAAGAAAACAUUUAAGACACAAUUUUAGGAGAAAAUAUAGUUUCACAUACAUAGUUUUGGUUGUACUUGCCUGAUAUUUUGUGCAUGAAUUUGGAUGGACCCACCUUCUGAAUAAAGCUCUGUGGGUUUGAACUAUACCAAGCAAACAAAGAGGUAUUGUUAUUUUUCAAAGAUGCGCUUGUCAUUCAUUUUAAUAAUGUGUUGUGCUUUAAUGAUUCUGCCAAAUGUCUGUGCUUUAAUGCUUUUGUCGUAUUAUGAUCAGCCUCGUCAGCUAUUUACGGCGGAUGUCGAUGUUUUGCAUGAGAAGUCUUGUCCGGUCCGUCCUAUAGUUUAGUGAACUGCACAGUAACAGGGCGUUUCCUUCCGGCACUGUCACGAGUACAUGUUAUUGUAAUACUGUACAUUUGGCAUCUUACAGUGAAGUGUACCGGGAUCGCAGUCUGUGCUGUAGUUGUAUUGGUAUUAUGAAGCACUUCUUAGAAGAUGUGAGAACUUUUCAGAUUUGAUUGUUAUGAUGAUUCAUUUUUUAUCUAUUAUUCUUUUUUAGCUCAAUCUAGAUAUGUGUGGAUGAAUAAUUCCUCCGUGAUUUUUGAGACCCACAAUAGCACUGACAAAUUCAAUAUCACUUCAGUUUUGAUAGAUUACAAGAAUGUUUAAUUAUAAACGAAUGUAGACCAUAAAUUCAAAACCUCUAUAAAUAGUAAAAAAAAAAUUGUAUACCCUACCAGUCAAAAGUUUAGACACUUUCUCACUGAACUGAAUGAGAAGGUGUGUCCAAACCUGUGACUGGUAGUGUACUUGCUAUUCGUAUCCAAAUAUGUUGUUUUUAGUAUUUCGCAAGUCUCAGGUUUUAGAAAGGUCCCUCACCUAUCUCAUUUUAUUUAUAUAUUACUCUAUUUGGUGUUUGUUUAACGUGUCUGUCUCUCAAUGAAGAUGUUGUUGCAGACAAAUUAUGAGCAACAGCAGGAGAUGUUUUUAGUCCAGGCAUCAUCCUCGGUCCGUCCCUUGCUUGUCCACGUGGAUUUGCAGUGGUUGUUGUGGUGUAAACGAAGGUUUCGGUGAACGUGAGCAUUUCUUCACUUUAGGGGCUCACGCCAAAAUAACAACUGACUACCUACUAAAUGCCUUUAGCUUUUAAACAAUAACCACCGUUUUAUCAGACAGACAGAGUAUAUAUCGAAUAUGCAUUUGUCAUGCACAAAGCACAUCUGUGUCAUCUUUUAUUGUAGCUGUUGUUCCACACGGUAAUCUAUGGCUAUAAAUAAAACAACAUGGUCUAUGAAUUCUGGUUAAUAAGACAUGACUUUAUAUAAAUAAUGUAUAUACAGUAUAUGUAAACCUUUUAUAUUUGUGAUGCAUAUUUACAGCAGCUUGUAAAGUGUAAAUAGCAGGGACAGUUUUAGUUUGCUAAAUAAAUAAUUGUAGAUGUUUUUA